GCUCUGGAGCCUGGGAAGAAGAUGCAAGCGAGCCCCAUCCAUAUCCCAACUGUUAGCAAUGACAUCGACUGGGAUUUCUGCUUCCGUAUGUCACAGCAAACCGAGAUCCCAGCUCACCAGCAAACAGAUGAGUUGUAUCCCACUGGUGGGUGUGGAGAGAGUGAAGAGGAAACUAAAGCUAAAGAGGAGGAGAAGGCCGUAGACUGUAUGUCUCAUCCCAAAGAGAAAUUAGCCCAUUCCCAGAAGAAAGUAGCUCAGCUGAUUAAGGAAAAAAUGAAUACUCAAGCAAACAAGGAGCUGAUUCGAUGUGUCAUCCUUUCUCGGAUUAUUUUUGGGGACCAUCACUGGAAAUGUGCACGAGCUCUGGCCAACCUAGCUUAUGGCUACUUGACACUGAGAGGCCUCCCGGUUCAGGCCAAGAAACAUGCUACAUCAGCCAAGAAUACACUGUUGACCUGGAAGGCAAGUAUGACCUCAGAUAAGGAGAAAGAGGAAAUCCUGGAAGCUCUGGUCAAGCUGUACUACACUCUGGGCGUGGCCUGGCUCCUGAAGAACCGUGGCAGAGAAGCCUAUUUCAACCUGCAGAAGGGAGAGAGAAACAUGAAGGAGCUGAAAGAAUUAUAUAAAGGAGGUGAUUGUGAAUUACAAGUCUCUGAGAACGACCUAACACUUGCUUUGGGCAGAGCCUCCGUGGCCAUCCACAGACUGAACCUAGCUCUGACAUACUUUGAAAAGGCAAUUGGCGAUGUUAUUGCUGCCAAGGGUGAUAGGACGUCAGAUCUGAUCAACCUGUAUGAAGAAGCUGCUCAGAUAGAGCAGCUGAGGAAGAACCACAACCAGGCCAUCCAGUACUUGCAGCAGGCUCAUUCUGUCUGUGUUUCUUUGUUCACUGAAGUCAGCCCCAAAACUGCAGAAACGAGUGCGUUACUGGCCAAAGCUUAUGCCAUGUCUGGAGAGGCCCAGCACAGGGAUGCUGUUGAGAUGUAUUUCAUAAAAAGUAUCAAUGCAUAUCGAGCAACAUUGGGCUCAGAGGAUUUUGAAACACUGAGCACCACUGAAGAAUUUUGCAAAUGGCUUGUCCAAAGUGGAGAAAGACAGGACAAGUAGCAGUUCAUCCCGAUAGAGAAGAGAAGCCAUUCCUGGAAGAAGGAACUCUACAUACAAAGGCACAGAAGCAUGACAGAGGGCACUGUAUGAAGGAAUGGUAAGUACUUUACAGCUGUUGUACAGGGCAGCAUGUCCUGAAGGGGGCUGCAAGAAAUGCUGAUUCCAAGGGAUGUGCAUCAGUUCUCUGGGGGAGGAAGAAAGGCUCUGUGGUAGAAAG